GCACAUGCCCACCAUCGAACCAUCGACCGACUCAGCACAUACCUAAACGCAGCAGAGAAGGACCGGGGCGACUCAGCAUUUAUUCCUGGGAGAAGGAGGAGGAGGACGUACACGCACGGGAGGAUCGAUGGAGAUUGACGCCGACCUCGUCGUCACCAGGGCCGAGAUCACGGACGCCGCGGCGGCCACGUUCGCGGACUCAACAGUGAUCCCCGACAGGUACGCCCGGCCGGACGAGGUCGGGGACGGGGUCGUGGUGGGCGACGAGGAGAGCCACGAGCUGCCGCUCGUAGACAUGGCGAGGCUGCUCGACUCGGAGUCCUCUGAGGCGGAGGCGGCCAAGCUUGGCUCUGCAUGUCGAGACUGGGGCUUCUUCCAGCUAACAAACCAUGGACUCGACGAAUCAGCUGUACAAGACAUGAAGAAUAACGCUGUGCAGUUCUUCCGCUUGCCACUGGAGAAGAAGAACGCCGUGGCCAUCGAGGCCGGCCGUUUGGAAGGGUUUGGGCACCACUUCGCCGGAGCAUCCUGCGACAAACUGGACUGGGCAGAGAGCCUGAUACUCGCGACGCAAGAGAACGAGCAGACGAACAUGGAGCUCUGGCCCGCCGAUCCGCCAACAUUUAGGGAUGCACUUGAGAAGUACUCGCUCGAGAUGUCUAGUCUCGCGAGGCGCCUCCUGAGGUUCAUGGCGAGCGACAUCGGAGUGGAGCGGGAGGCGCUCGACGGGGCCUUCCGGGGCAAGAGGCAGACCGUGGCCAUGCACCACUACCCUCCAUGCCGGCACCCGGACAAGGUGAUAGGCAUCACGCCGCACCAUGACGGCCUCGGCCUGGCCCUCCUGCUGCACGUGGACGACACCCCGGGCCUGCAGGUGAGGAGGGGCGGCAGGUGGUUCCCGCUGGACCCGCUGCCGGGCGCCCUCGUCGUCAACGUCGGCGACAUCCUCCAGGUGCUCACCAACGGCAAGUACAGGAGCGCCGAGCAUAGGGUGUUGGUGGACGCCGAGAGAGGCCGGACGACCGUGGUGAUGUUCCAGGGCGCGUCCGUCGCCGGGACGGUGAGGCCGCUCCCGGGGCUCGGCGAGGCCAGGUACAGGGCGAUCGAGUAUGGUGAGUAUGUCAAGGGGAAUUUCAGGGCGCUCGUUGAAGGGACCAGGUUCGUGGAUAGUCUCCAGACCGAUGUAGCGCAGGAUGAGAAGGAAAUCUAAAAUCGGUCUUGCUAAUGGGUAUUUCUGUUGGCUUUGUUUUAGGUGUGGGUUGUGAUUGUGUGUUCUUGCUGUGUGUGUGUGUGCUCGCGUGUGUGUGGGUUGUGUUGUGUGUUCUUGCUCUGUGUGUGCGCUUAUGUAGGAGUAUAUAUAUCUCCGUAUGGAAUAAAUGAGGUAGUUAUACAUCAACGACA